CUUAUCGUCGCUCCUCGUGAGCUUAUCGUCGCUCCUCGUGAGCUUAUCGUCGCUCCUCAGAAAAAUCAUUGUGUUGGAUGUGGAAAACAAGAUCACAGUGUAUUCUUUAGUGGGAAUAUUCAAGAUCUAAAGAACUCGGACAUUGACGAAUGGAUUCGAUCAUAUUCACCAAAUAUGACUCAUAUAGUUCGGGAAGAAAAUACCGGUUAUGGAUUAGUCCACUUCAAAUCAUGUUCAGAAGCCGGUUUAUUCUUUCGUGAAAUGUAUGAUACAAGAUUUACUGGGCCAUUCAAUACUACAAUUAAGUUUAGUGCCGCCAAAAAAUUCAGGAGCAAUGAGUUCGUCCAGUAUGCUGAAGAUGUUAUAGAAGAUGUAGUUUCAUCCGGAGUUCCACUGGUAGCUGUCACAGAAGACAACGAAAAUAGCGAAAAUAACGAAAAUAUGGAAUCGUCUUGGAAGCCUACAACCGAUUUCUACGUGACAAAGGAAAGUUUUAUUAUAAAUAUGGAGUUACCGGGGCUAAAAAAAGAAGAUAUCAAUGUUAAUUUAUGUAAUAAUCAACUCGUCAUUUCUGGCGACAUGAAGAGGGCUCAACUUUCAGGCGGUUCAUACAAAAUUAAUGAGCGUCAUGUUGGACCCUUUACUCGUAAAAUUACUUUAACUUCAAGCAUAAGCGAUGAUAAUAUUACCGCUACGUUUGAAAAUGGGCUUCUCAAAUUGAACCUUUUUAAGUCCUUACCCGCGACUAAGAAAAUCGAUAUAAUCUGA